CUCCUCAUGAUCUGGGUGACCCUGACGUGAUAUGAGGUGUUCAACUGAUUUCCACGUUGUGCUGAUCCUGAAAGAAAUUGUCAGGUCUCCACUACCUAGCACUUACUUUGCUGUGGAAACUCUUCCAGUUCUUCGGGAGAAGAUCGCUGUACGAGUUGCAGAAGUUUCUUCUUGUUUGCCACCUCGCUCCAAGUGCUUGUUAGCUCGCUCGAUUGUUUGAAAACUUCGUGAGUUCGUUGAACACUUGAAAUAGCAGCUGAGAAUUACAAAUCUUCACGAUGUUUGGAGGAGGCUACAAGAGUUCCAAGUUGCGUGUCAACCUGCGGCUGGCCAUCAACCGACUCAAGCUUCUUCAGAAGAAGAAGACUGAGCAAGCGGUAAAGGCACGUAAGGAGAUUGCAGAAUACCUACAACUAUGCAAAGUAGAACGGGCACGGAUAAGGGUGGAGCACAUUAUCCGUGAAGACUACAUGGUUGAGGCAAUGGAAGUCCUCGAGAUGUACUGCGACCUGUUGCUGGCGCGUUUUGGCCUCAUCGAGACAAUGAAGUACUGUGAUGAAGGUCUCACUGAAGCAGUGUGCACGCUAAUUUGGGUAGCGCCGCGAUUACAAUCAGACAUUGCCGAGAUGAAAUUGAUUGCUGACCAGUUGACACUGAAGUACGGUAAAACGUUUGGCGAGCAGUCGAGAGCGAAUAGCAACGGAGCUGUUAACGAUAGAGUGAUCCACCGAAUGGGCUCUCAGGCACCUCCCCGCGCGCUUGUGGAGGGUUACCUGCAGGAGAUUGCGCAGACUCACCACAUUGAGUUCACGCCGGACGAGGAUGCGCUACGCGAGGGAACACUGGCCAUGCCCAGCGAGAAAGCCGCCGCACUGUUCCCGUACGAGAGUGCCAUCGGCGGCCCAGACGUCCCGCACGAUCCCCCUCCGCCAUUCAACGGAGGAGGCCGUGGCGGUGGCAACGGCGGCGGUGGUGGCGGUGGAAUGCCUAUGCCCCAGCAGCAUCACAUGCCCCAGCAGCCGCAGCACAUGCCACCGGCUCACACUCACGUGGCCAUGCCACCACCAGCUGCAGCUGCAGCUCCCGGUCCGUAUCCCACCUCCACGCCCUACGUCGCUCCGCCGGGCGCUGCAGCACCAACAACCUCGCCGCCACCCGCAGCACCCAUGGGACACUCGAGUAGUCCGUGGGCAGUCGCACCGCAGACUGGGCCUACAAGCGCUGCAGGGCGGUCCGCUGAGCCUCCGUAUCCCCCAGCUGGCAAGGGCCAGGCACCGUAUCCCAGUGAUGGUCCAGGCGAGCCUAGAUACGUGUCGCAUCCGGGAGGCCCUGUAAUCGGGGGUGCAGGCCCUGGCCCCUCAGCACCGACCUUUCCUGACCUUCCCAGCGUGCCUCAGGACUCCUUACCAGACGUAGGCGCCGGCUCCAGCGCGGGCCCGGACGAUCUGGACUUUGACGACCUCACGCGGCGCUUUGAGGACCUCAAGCGCAAGAAAUAGGCAACCAGUGUCGACAGCACUGCAAUCAGGGUACGCCUUUUCUUUUUUGACGCUUUCCAAACAACUAUUACUGUUUCCUAGGACGAGAACGUCAUUUUUCAAACUCGUUACAAGUUCUGUGGAUGAAUAUGUGUCCUGCUGUGAAUAUAAAACACACUAACAAUAUCAACAGUAUGACUAUAGCUAUCUUUUUAUUGAUCUGUACUCGCUAUCCGGUAUGAGAUGAGAGAGUAUCAUUGUCGUCUGGUUUCUGUGGUGGUUAAUAUGCCCUAUGCCACCUCCCCCCCCCCUUUUCCGCCAUGUUUGUUUCCACGGCGAUGCCAGAUGCCAUUCGUUAUACCCUGUAUGAACUGAGUUGAGAUGCCUAUGAACAUGCUCAUAAAAAAUUGUUUCCAUAUUUCAUUUCCAUAUUUAUCCAUGUAAUUUUUUUACCACCUAGUCUAUACCUUUUUAGUCUAGGGGUGUCCCUCAAAUUAAUUGUAGUUUUAUUUUCUACACUCCGAAAUGUUUAGUAUUCAUCGUGUUUUAGUGAUAGAUAUAGAUCUUUGCCGUGACACAAUCUCAUCAAGCAAUGACUCUUCAAGAGCCUGUUGCUGUUUUCCGGCCUUGCACCAUUGCCAUAUUUCUUGAUUACUUUCUCUGACGUUUGAUUCCCAAGUCGCUGCUGCACUCUUCCUUGAACGGAGUCUGAUUCUGUAGACUGUAGUAUCCGUUUGGUAGCUAAUUACUAGUCUUUACUACUACCGUAUUCGCUUUGGCCUAUUUCAAUGUCUGGCAAUGAGGAUGAACCGUGGCCGUAGCUACGUAGAAGCCCUGG